AUGGAAGGUUGGCCGUUCCCAAGCGACUUUCGCGACCCGAGCGAAGCAUGGGAUCUUCAGGGUAAGGUCCUGUUCUUCGCACUCUACACGGGCUUCUGGUCAUGCGUGGUGCUGGCGGUGUUCCUCUACACGCGGCUGCGCAGCCGCUGCAGCUGCCGCAGACGAGUGCGUUCGCCAGUGAAGCGGCAGAGCAACGGAUUCGGGGAUGUGUCGAAGAUGUCGGAAGCCUUUGGCGAGAUGCCGCCCUUCCCAGAACACAAGGUCCACGAGCUCUUCCUGGAGCAGGCGAAGCUGACACCGACGGCGACGGCCCUGGUGUUGCCCCACGAGGCAAAGACUGUGAUCACCUACCAGGAGCUGGCAGAAGCCGUCCGGCAGUUGGCCGUGGUGCUCGAACAGCUAGGCGCCCAUGGCGAGAUCGUGGCUUUAUCUUUGCCGCGAAGCAGCGCGCAGGUGGUGUCGAUCCUCGGCGCCUUGCUGGCGGGUGCCGGCUACCUGCCCAUGGACGACACGGGGCCAGAGGCAAGAAAGAGGCUCGUUCUGGAGGACAGCCGCGCCACGGUGUUGAUCUCCGACGCCAACUCCCAGGAGUGCAAGCAAAUUGCCGAAGAUCUCGGGCUCCACUGGGUGGCGAUCUCCUCCUUCGGAAACUUCACCGUCACCGAAGCCCAGCGACCAGCUGUGCAGAGCGGCGCUGGCACGGGCGACACGGGCGACGUGGCCAUGCUGAUCUAUACGUCCGGAUCCACCGGAGAGCCCAAGGGCAUCGUCUACGACCACCAGCAUCUCUUGCACGGCGCGUGGUUCUGGGCAGAGGAGCACGGGAUGUCGGAGAGCUCUGUCCAGCUCUUCAAGUCUCCGUACUUCUGGGCAGUCAUGGAGUGGGAGGUCUUCCCAGCCUUGAUCAGGGGUGGCAAGCUCGUUGUCGCUAGCGCCGAUGGCCACAAGAGCCCGCAGUACAUGGCCCAGACAAUUGAGAAGUUCCACGUGGACGUGCUCAUGAUCACACCUUCCGUUUUGGACCUGCUCCUGGACGUUGCGCAGGGGUCUUUGAGGGGCCUUCGUGUCAUCACGACCGUGGGUGAGCCUUUGACUUCGUUUUGCGAGGCAGUCCCGGCGGUUCCUCCCCUCUUUGCCAAGGAUGGCUCUCCACCGGGCUCUGGUUCGCAUCUCCGGGCAAGACGAAGGCAGCACCGGCUGCCGCAGCCGGGGGGGCCUUCUAAGCAAGGCCUUGAAGUGCUUAGAGAUGCAGGAGGCCGAAGGGCCCUACCUGAUGCUGACGAACCUGGUGCAUCCGAGAGCUCAUGCACCGUCUACACGGUGCCCGAGCACGGUGUGGACACGGCUCUGUACCCGCGGUACGUUCCCGCCGGCACUCCGCAGCCUCACGUCAGCGUGUUCAUUAUGGCCGAGGGCAGCUUCGAGCUGAUGCCUCCAGGGGAAGCUGGCGAGAUCUGCUUCGGAGGCGUGCUGGCUGCGCGCUACUGGCAGCGGCCGGAACUCACGGCCGCGAAGUUCAUGCCAACGGAGGACUUCGGGCGAAUCUACCGCACCGGUGACUUGGGCCGCUUCCGGGAGGGAGCUUUGGAGGUGGUCGGGCGCCUGGACCGGCAGCUGAAGGUCAACGGCGUGCGCGUGGAGCCCGGCGAGAUCGAGGCCGUGCUGAUGAAGUUUGAGCCACACGAGACGCAGCAGGAGGACGCUGAGAUGGGCUGCCUACUGCCCGUCGCGAAGGCGGCCGUGUGCUGCGCAGAUCCGCCGCAACUCGUGGCCUUCGUGGAGCCGCGGAAGGAGGCGACGAUCCGCGCGCACGAGCUCAUGGAGCACUGCCGCAAGGAGCUCAUGCCCGCCUACCUGCCCAAGCUCAUCGUCGUCCUCGACGCAGGUUUGCCGGUGCUUCCAAACGGCAAGGUGAACUACAAGUCCUUGAAGGAGAUGGCCGACAAGGAAGCCUCCCAGGCACAGGAGACCGUCAUGGACUCGCUUGGGCAGAUGAAGUCCAUGUCCCGAGCGGCCAUCCUCGAGAAUGCAGUGAUCCACCGCUGCUACGCCUUCUGGAUGCUGGGCGUCCUCACGGAUCACUACGCCUGGUGUGCCAUGAGCACGGACCCCAAGGACCCCACUGGGAUGCGGUCCCAUGCCCUUCUGCACUGCCUUGGCCUCCUGGAACGUCGCUCCGUGGGCGGAGGCUCUCGUGCGCUCCCUCGGCAACGACCAGGCGAGCGGGAAGCGCUCUUGCGGUGUCGUUUCUUCCAUGUUGUGCUUGAAGUGCGAGCGCGCAAGCGGGCGCGGCUGGGCUGGCCGGACCUCUUCGUGUUCGCCGUGUACCUUUUCAUGGCCAUGCCGCUUCCGCAGAUCUUUCGGGGCAUCACGGGAGGUUGGGCGACCUGGCAGACCUUCAACGUCACACAGGGCACCAACGGAUGGGACCAGGUCUACAUGCAAAACUCUGAUGCCACAGCGGGACAUCGGUGGUAUCUUCAGAUGAUCUUGUGCGCCAAGCUCUACCUCGUGAUCUGCGACAGCCUUUGCCUGCCGCCAUUCCUCCAGGUGCUGGUGGCUGCGCUUGGCAGCUUCUUUGGUCCAGUGAAUGCCGGCAAUGCGUGCCAAGCAGGAGUGCCCAGCUUUGCUGUGUACUGGCUGCUGGGCGGCUGCUUUGCAUGGAUUCGAUGGGUCGCGUGUUACGGUGCCUUCUACGUGUUCUGCUUUCACUACCUUCGAAGCAUCGUGAAGUUUUUCACUGGGAGGCUGCCAAACGGGCCUGUUUGGUCGGCAUCUGCCACUGCCUCCAGCAUGCUGCUUGGUCUGCUGAUGGCUCUCUUCCACUACCCCAACCAGCUCCUGGAGAGCGGCGAGAAGGGCUUCUGGCUGACGCCGAUCUUGGAGGUGGCGGUCACCACUCUUCAGCCGGCGCUCUUCGCGCUCGGCACGGUGUACUGGCCCGUCAAGGCCAGCUUCUGGGGCAACAGCACGCUCGGCUGCUACGUGAUCCACUUCCUCUUCAGAGAUCGCAUGACGGAAGUCAUCCAGAUGAUGAUUCCCAUGCUGAGCUGGGAUCUGACAGGUCUCCUCCUGCCUUUGGCCAUCGUCGUCCUUUGCCUAGCGUUCAUGUCCACCGUGGGUCCGGUCGGGCACUACAUUCUCAUCGCCCCGCAGUUCCUUUCAAGUUUCGUGAGGCGGCGGCUCUGCAGGAAGUCCUAA